AUGUGCAAAGGUCAAGCUCCUUCCAAGGCCGACGCGUUCCACGCUGCGGGGUACCGCCCGGUCGCCGGCACGCCCGAGCCGCUGCCGCUGGAGCCCCCGACGAUCACGCUCAAGGACCUGCGCGCGGCGAUCCCGGCCCACUGCUUUGAGCGCAGCGCUGCCACGAGCUUUUACCAUUUGGCCAAGAACCUUGCGAUCUGCGCCGGCGUGUUCGCCGUUGGCCUCAAGCUCGCGGCUGCCGACUUGCCGCUCGCGGCCAAGCUGGUCGCGUGGCCCAUCUACUGGUUCGUCCAGGGCACGUACUUUACGGGCAUCUGGGUCAUUGCGCACGAAUGCGGCCACCAGGCGUUCUCGGCGUCCGAGAUCCUCAACGAUACGGUCGGUAUCAUUCUUCACUCGCUCCUCUUUGUGCCGUACCACAGCUGGAAGAUCACGCACCGCCGCCACCACUCCAACACGGGCAGCUGUGAGAACGACGAGGUGUUUACGCCGACGCCGCGGUCCGUCGUCGAGGCCAAGCACGACCACUCGCUCCUCGAAGAGAGCCCGCUCUACAACCUGUACGGCAUCGUCAUGAUGCUUCUCGUGGGCUGGAUGCCGGGCUACCUCUUCUUCAACGCGACCGGCCCGACCAAGUACGCUGGCCUCGCCAAGUCGCACUUCAACCCGUACGCAGCCUUUUUCCUCCCAAAGGAGCGCCUCAGCAUCUGGUGGAGCGACCUCUGCUUCCUCGCGGCCUUGUACGGCUUUGGCUACGGCGUCUCGGUCUUCGGCCUCCUCGAUGUCGCCCGCCACUACAUCGUGCCGUACCUCAUCUGCAACGCGUACCUCGUGCUCAUCACGUACCUCCAGCACACGGACACGUACGUGCCCCACUUCCGCGGUGACGAGUGGAACUGGCUGCGCGGCGCGCUCUGCACCGUCGACCGCUCGUUCGGCGCUUGGAUCGACAGCGCGAUCCACCACAUUGCCGACACGCACGUGACGCACCACAUUUUCUCCAAGAUGCCCUUCUACCACGCGAUCGAGGCGACCGACGCCAUCACGCCCCUCCUCGGCAAGUACUACCUCAUCGACCCGACGCCGAUCCCGCUGGCGCUCUGGCGCUCGUUCACGCACUGCAAGUACGUCGAGGACGACGGCAACGUUGUGUUUUACAAGCGCAAGCUCCAGGAAAAGUAA